CUGUACGUUUUAUGAAUCUAAAUUUUCAAUCAAUUCUGAGACACUGCCAGGUUCAUAUAUGUUAAAAAUUCUGUCCACCAUCUCUCUCGCCCCCCUCCCCAAUACAAAACAAAAAAAAGAGUGUGUUUAUAUAUUUGUCGUGUGAGUCAUUCAUCCGUACGUCCAUCACCCACCCUCUCUCAUCUUUAAUUAUUUACCUCUCCCAUCCAACCGCCAACCACAUCAAUUGUUUUUCUACUCACUGUUUUUUUUUCUCCUCCCCCUCCUCUUCCCAUGUCGUAUGAAGCAUUCACCCAUCGAGUCUCUCUCGCCCUCGCCAAUGAUUUCAAUAAUCCCCCCCCCAGCUCGCCUAGUGAAACACGCAGAAUACUUGGUCGAAUGUGCUUAGGUCCUGGACUCGGCAUCGCCUGUAUUUAACAGCUCUUUUGGACACAAGUUCCUGUCUCUCUCACUUCUCAAGAUUUAUUGAAGUCUGUCCGAAUAAAAAAUAAAUUUCUUUACUAGCACGUCACUUCUGGAGCUUUUCGGUUAUUCGUGUACUCGUAAAACACCAACAAUAAUCAUCAACGGAGGCUGUUAACAUAACGCUGGUUGAUUCUAACGGAUGGCUGAUUCUAUUGUUUUGGUGUUAUUUUUUCCCACGCGCAACUAAACCAAUACGGAUACUGGGACCAGCAUCAGUUAUUGUAUUGAUUGUUUGUGGAAUUCGUCUUAUGUGUGGGAACUGUGUACAUUAGCAUUGCUCGUAUUUCCUACAUUGGUUUAAGUGUAACAGUCAUCAGGGGGUUAUAAUGACAGACGCGAAGUCGUGAUGGCUAUCUGAUUGUUGGACACACCAUGAUGUGUGUCGCGGUGGUAGCUGACCACUUGAUCUUUCUGUUUCCAUAAUUUACGGCUCGGCUGAACAAGACGUAGAGACGUCACAAAGGGGAAAGAAGUAAAAACAAAAAGCGACUAAAGGGGAAAGCAAAAUAGCCAGACAUUUUGACAGGAGAGUUCCAGAGGAAAGGAUGGGAGAAUUCGCCACAAGUGGAGGAGUGGACAGAUGGGUGUGCCCGAACGACCGUCAACUGUCGCUUAGAGCCAAGCUGGGAACAGGAUGGUCAGUCCACACCAACAAGAUUGGCAACUUCAACCGACCAGAGCACUUAUCUCUGGAAGAGCAGGAGCAGAUACUGAGAGUCAUUACACGGGCCGAAUACCUGGAGGGGGUAGAGAUGGAAAGAAUUGGGCGACUGGUUGACAAGCUGGACAACAUGAAGAAGAACGCCAUAGGUAACGGGAGCUCGCAGUGCAUUCUGUGUGGUGAUGAGUUCAAACUGCUGGGAGCAUCGCCGACCUUCUGUGAUGACUGCGUGAAAGCCGUCUGCUCCAAAUGUGGGGUCGAUACUGUCAACAGUAGCAAGCAGCCCUUAUGGUUAUGUAAACUCUGUGCUGAGACCAGGGAGGUAUGGAAAAGAUCAGGUGCGUGGUUCUUCAAAGGGAUCCCCAAGUAUACUCUUCCUGAGAAGAAAGCAGAGUCCUCAAAGUACCCCAUGAGAAUGAGACCCUCUCCCAGGGGCUCAGUGAAAGGUAAACCUGCCGGAGCAGCGUCCCCACGGGACUCUUACACCUGGCACAAAGCCAGGGGCAGUGCAAGCACUGGGGUUUCGUCGAGCUAUGGUGAAAGUAGUGAGCAGGAUUCCUCUGAAAGCUCGGACGAAGACUUCUCCCUGAUGAAGACCAAAGCCAAGAAAAAUUUGGACUCUGGUAAUCCGAAAUCCGUGACAAAGAGUGAUAAUGCCAGCAUUGGGAGCUCUGCCUCUAGGACAGUGCACCAUAACAAUAACCAUCCAAACUACUCUAGGGCAGAGAGCAAGACCAGCAUUGCCAGCGCUUCCAAUGUGGCUGGUCAGCUGAGUGCCACUGAGAGCAGCAGGGGAGAUGAUCUGCACAAUGAGAGUGAUUCUGAGAGAUCCAUCUUCAGCAGGGAAGGCUCCACCAGAUCAAAAGGUAAAAGUAGCCUUGCUGCUGAGGAGGAGCUAGACAACAUAGAUGUUGCUAUCAACAGAUACGUGAAGUCCUCCAAUACUGCUGAUGAGGAGCAUGUCUCUUCCCCUGACAGUGAAGGGACUUCACUGGGCCUGCUAGAAUUCUCAUUGCUUUAUGACUCAGUGAACAACGCACUGCACUGUACUAUAGUUAGAGCUAAGGGACUUAAAGCCAUGGACUCCAAUGGCCUGUCUGAUCCUUAUGUCAAGCUUCAUCUACUUCCUGGAGCUAACAAAUCAACUAAACUUAGAACCAAGACCAUCCACAAAACUCUCAACCCAGAGUGGAAUGAAUCUCUGACAUAUUAUGGUGUCACUGAGGAUGACAUUCUUAGGAAAACACUCAGGUUAUCUGUAUUAGAUGAAGAUGCCUUUGGAUUUGAUUUUAUUGGAGAAUUUAGAGUGCCUCUGAAAAGGCUCAAGCCUCACCAGACAAAAAAUUUUAGUGUCUAUUUGGAAAAACAAAUGCCUAUGGAGAAAGAUGAUGACUUAAUCCAGAUUAGGGGCAAGAUCCUUUUGUCCUUGCGUUACUCUGUUCCUAAACAGACCUUGUAUGUCCGAAUCAUCCGCUGUGCGGAGUUAGCUGCUAUGGACUCUAAUGGCUAUAGUGAUCCCUAUGUUAAAGUUUACUUAAAGCCUGAUAAAGAUAAAAAGUCAAAGUAUAAAACUACAAUUAAAAAGAAAACACUUAAUCCAGAGUACAAUGAGGAGUUUACUUAUGAAAUUCGUCACAAUGAGCUGGCCAAGAAAACACUGGAGAUCACAGUGUGGGACAAAGACAUUGGCAAGACUAAUGACUUCAUUGGUGGAGUUCAGCUUGGCAUCAACUCUAAAGGAGAUAGACUGAGGCACUGGUUUGACACACUGAAGAACCCUGACAGAGAGUACAGGCGCUGGCACGUAUUAAGUGCAGAGCUGACUCCCGAGGUUCACUUGUAGUUGUGUGUAAAUGUUUCUCUAUUGGAUGAUUGAUGUAACUGAAGGAUGAGAGUGAUAGAACCAGGUGGGGAAUCUACUUAUCAGGGAAUGCAUGGCUGAGAAUUCAUCAACACUACUGGAAGCUGAUUCAUUUUAUGCUGUUUUUUUUUUAUAUUAUUUUACUCUUUUAUUGUUACUAUCUCUCUUUCUCUAAAUACCUUGUCUGUUAGCACAAUAUGUUGACUUGUUAUUACUUCAUAUGUCUAUGUACAUUUUUAUUAAUUCAGUGUAUGGAUUAUUUUUAACUGGGUAUAAUUAGCUGAUGUGAUUGUAUUUUCUUUUCUUGUUCUGUUGAUUUCCAAUAUUUUAAUUCUUUUACUGUUAGCUGGACCUCUUCAAUCCAAGUCUAGAUAGAUGACUUAUUAAAAUGUUAAACCUAUCUUGAAGACUAUGUAGAUUUUUUAUUUAAAAAAAUGCAAAUGGCUUUGAGACAGACUUUAAUAAUUAAUGGACAUUUUUAGUACCUAUAAAGGGAUUAUUUUUUAAUUAUGAGUUUAAAGAAUAAAUCAGUUCUGGUAGCAGUAAUGUUAGUUCUGAAGUCUUAUGAGACAAUCCUCAUAUUUAAAGUACAGGUAACUGAUGGUUAACAAACGCUUAUGUUUAUCUGUUGGAGCUCAUCACAUGCUCUGCACAGCCUGCAUAUAGUUAGGCCAAGUGGGUAUACAUCUGUUGCACCAAUUAAUAUUUUCUUUGACAAUGCAAUGAAUAUCAGCUGACACCAAACACAAUCCUUUAUCAAAAGAUAAUCUAGCUACUUAAACUGUUGAAUGAUAUCUGCAGUACAAUCUGUUAGCAUCUACACUGGUUUAACUUAUACAUCUAUCAUUUUCUAUUAAAUCUAUGAUGCAUUUCAUUAUAAUCCCCUCUUAUUUUUGGGAGUUGAGGUCUGAAAUAAUUAAGUGACAUAUCUACUGGUUCAACUCUUACAUCUACUAUAUUGUUUCCAAGCUAAGCUGCACUUCCAUUUCUAUUUUUUGGAGAUAUUAAGAUUUAAAAAAUUGAGUCUGUGUGAGACCAUUUGUUAAAGAUUGUGAUGUGGCAAUGAGCUAUUGGUCUAAAUUGCCCACAGGUUGUGGUGUUGCAGGUUAGUGUUCAAGCCUUCUUUAAUGAUUGGUCUUGGUCUGAAUUAUUCCAUGGCAUGUCUCAUGGACAGGAAAGCAAAACAGAUUAGUGACACAACUCCAAGGGGUGGAAAGGCAAAAUGGUUAUUCCUUUGUCAUGGUACCCUUCCACAUCUAACACACAAAUAUUGCCUGUCCAACACUAACCACAAAGUAACUUUUUAAAUUGGCAUCAUGGACUAAAGAGUAGAAAGUGGUAAAGUGAUUAUUGUCUCCAACACCAGAACAUUCAAGUAUCAGUGGAUGCUUUGACUCUAAAAGGAAUUUAAAUACCAGUACUAACGGUUGUGUAAACUUUAUUUGUAAACAUUAAAUGUUUUUCUGUUUUUAAUUAAGACACACAUGAUCUGCAUUGGCUUAAACACCAUGUCAAGCAGUGAAAAAUUUGGUAUUAUUGUGGAAAGAAAUAAAACAUUGCUUGUUAAGUUGGUGGAUUUGCUGUAAAAAACAAUUUUCAUUUUGGGCAGUGAAUAUAAAUAACACCCUAAAUUCCUCCCCUGCAAAGAGCAAUCUACAAUCUUCCAACUAAGAACAGGACACAAACCUCUGUUAAAUACCAUCUUAACAAAAUAAAUCUCACACACCUACCGCUUUGACACUGCACCCACCCUUAUGAAACCACAUCCUCUUUGAAUGCUCCUUCCUUUAUCCAUUCACCUUAGGCAGACCCCAACUACCAUUACAGCUCAACAUAACCAACACUCUGUGUUGAACAACUGAAGAGAACAGCACAAUAUUUUUCCUUGGUACAAUCUGCAAAGAGCUCACAGCUCAAUAGCAAAAAGCUGGCUAGAAGUAGAAGUAUUAACUCUUUCUCUACUAACAGACCAUACCAACGUUGAUUCCAUCAGAAUGUGGUAAAUAAUAACGGAGAGAAAGAGUUAAACGAUUUUAUUUUUGGGCAAUAAAUGUAAAUGACACCCAAAUUCGGAUGUCUUCAAAAUUUCAAAAGGUUUGUGGCUAAGAUUCGAUAGAAUAUGGUAAUUAAUAUUGAACAUUUAAUUACUGGUCUGGGUAUGUCAACUGACAAAAAAAAAAGUUUUGUUACAAUUUCAUUCCACUUGGUUUUAAAACAGCACUGAAUGCAUUUCUAUUUUUAUGUUGCUCUUGAAGUGUUGCAGACAAAAUUUACAAUAAAUGGCACAUUUUUUUUACAGCUGUUUUAAUUGAAAAAUUUACUAAGUUAAUAUUUGUUCCUAAACUUUAAUACAAGAUGCAUAAUUGCAUGUCAAUAAGAUCACUUUUUUUUUAGUUUGACCUCUUAGGGUUUCAUUGUUACACCUUUAGACUUGCCAAGACUUUAAAAAAAAUCAUAAGGUCAAAAAGUAUGAAAAAAAUGAUUAACUCUCUCAUUGUGUUUGCAAGUUGUGUAAGACCACAGGCUUCUGAACAGAAGGUCCUAGUCCUAGUGAUUAUGUUUAACUUGGAAUAUGAGACCAUUCCUGAGUGCAAUCAGUGUUCAAUGCAAAUAGCACUGUUGAGUACAAUCAGCACUUUUGAGUGGUUGAAACUUGUUAUUCAUGUGAAACCUGAUUGAACACCAGAUUGAGAUGGCCGCUAAAAAACUUUCAUUAGCCACAACAGCGAAGGGGUUGAGCUUUACAGCUAUUGGCUGAGCGGUGUAAAUUGCUGAGACGGCAUUGAGACAGCACGACCUCCCAGAUACACACACACCUACACAGAUCAAAAAAUUAUAUACUACCCGCAAGCCCAAUAAACCUUCUUUUUUGCAACACAAUAAGAGAACAAGAAAAUUUAUAGCCAUCAGUUCAAUUGACAACUACUUGGCUAGACAAGAUAACAGGAUGGCUGCCUGGUCGAGGAUGGCUGCUUGGUCGUGUGGUUUGCGCGCUGGACAGUCAUUUGGAUUUAUCGACGGUCGAGGGUUCAAACCCUGCCCGCUCCCAUCCCCCGUCGUCCUGCGGGAGGUUUGGACUAGGAAGUAAACUAUCUUCAACUCUGAAGGAACAUCCGAAAACCUGUAAAACAAAACAUCGUCUUGAUAUUUAAUAGAUAAAAGCUUAUCAUUGUUAAUAAGCAUUGAUCUAAAGUUAGCUAGGCAGUAAUAUUAAAAAAAAAACAAGUAUUUCUUAAUUGGAGUCAUACUGCACCUAUCAUACCUAGCCUAUAUUUAAGUUUUACCCUUUCAGACAUUAUUAUCUAUAGAGGUAGAUGAUGUAGGGAUCAUCUAAUUUUAUGCCAGAUUGAUGAUAUGGUUGACCAGUACAAUGACCAACUGCCUUUACUUUCCCAACGUAUGUCAGGCACUCUUCUCUUUAGAGAUUGGUGGAUCUAAGGGCAACCAUAUGAUCCCUAAGUUCAAAAUUCCAGUUUUUGUCAGGAUUAAAACUUGGGACCUUUUGCUUUAGAAGCCAAGUUCUUUAUCAUAUUACAAUUUUCUUGGUGGUGUUUUUUUAUGUAGUAUUUAUUAUGCAUUGCAUUUUUAUGCACUUUCAAAACAAGAUGUUUUGCUAGAUACUUAAUAUAUAAUAUAUAUAUAUAUAUUAAAAAUCUCUCUCUCUAUAUAUAUAUAUAUAUCUAUAUAAUAUAUAAUAUAUAUAUAUAAUAUAUAUAUAUAUAUAUAUAUAAAUUCAUCUAAAAGCCUAUCCAUUGUAUUUUGAGACUGAAGAAACUAAAUACAUAUUUGUAUAUUAGGCUGGUUCUGUGACAUCAUGUGGGUGUGUUUACUGUACAGAUGGAAUAGUCUACUUUCUAAAUUAUCUUAUUUCUUUGACCUUAUUCUUCCAUUCAUUGUUUUUUUAAUUUUAUUUUCUUUUUUCACCUGCAUAAUAAGAAUUGUUGAUUUGAUUCCAAAAUAUCUUUUUUUGAAAACAAAGUGCCACUUAGCAGAGUAGAUUAGUUAGUUGUCUGUAGCCACCACUCAGUAGCAGCAAUGGGAGGAAGUCUCAUUGGGGACAAACCUUGAGUAACUUUGAUCUGAAACAGAAUUCACUUCUGUCUAUUUUUUUUUUUUUUACAUUUUUAUACCAAUGUCUUAGUAUAUUUAAAAUCUUUGGGCAGCCAAACAAAUUUGAAGAAGCAAAAGUAAUAACACUAUUUUUAAAUAUAACUUUUAUUAGGAAAAGGUUAUAAAUUUUAUAAUCAAUAUACAGUUUAAAACUUUAUAAAUAAUAAACGGUUUUUAAUUUUAUGUUUAAUAUUAAAUUCAAAUUUUUAAAUUUCAACCAUCAUCCUUCACUAGCCUCCUUCAGUUGUACAUUGACUAAGAUUUAUCUCAUGAGCACUUUUCAUGUGACUGUACAUCCCUAUUCUGGAGAGACAUUCCUGUAAAGGUGGCAUUUGCUUUUUGGCAGAGGAACCAGAUAUUUUUCGUUUAGUAUUCUUCUCUUCCAGAGUUGAUGUCAUUUCUUUUUCCACUUUCCUAUAUUUCUUUGUCACUAUCUCUACUUAGAACAGUCUAGGGCUAUGUCUUUCCAAUAGUCAACAUCAUUGUCCACUGCUUUGAGGUCCUGUUUGAAUACAUCCAUAUUUCAUGUUUUUUCUUUGCCAGUCACAAGUUGCCCUUAAAGGAUGACUUUGGGGAUUCAUUUGUCCUAUAUACCAAUCCAAACUAAAUGCCAAUGCCUGAAGGUAGGGAAUAUUCAGGAGAGACCUAUCAAGCUAAUAUUUCAACUCUUAUUCUGUCUUGCCAUGUCAUUUUCAAAAUAUGAUGGAGACUGCACUAGUGACUUUAUUUUGCCUUUUCUGUUGCAUAUUUUGCUACCAUAAGUAGGGUUGGCUACUCAGGAAACAUGCAUUGCAAACUUCCAUCUUUGUUUUUGUGGUGAGUCUUCUUGGAAUGUAGAGCCCAAAUUGUAUAUCUAGUAGACAGUAUCAAUAGUUCUAAAUUGGAAAUAGUUUAGGAUAAGGUACUGAAAGGAUAGCGUCAAAAUGCAAAUGAUAAUGAGAAAAAAAAUUCACAUCAUUCACAUUACAUACUGUCUUAAUGUCUUUUUUUUCUUUCAUUCUUGUUUCAGGUAAAAAAAAAAAUGUCACAACACUUUCAAAAAUUCUUCAGACACUUCUGCUAACAACAAAAUGUCAAAACUACUCUCUAUUUAUUGCUUCCCAUGUUAAACAUUAUAACUGUUACCUUUGGAGUAUUAGAUGGGAGGUAUUCACUUAGAAAUUGAAUACAAAAUUCAGACAUUCAUUGUGAUCUCAUUACAUGAAAGUAUGUUUGAGAUAUGCAUAACAGAUGGAAACUUUAACAUAAACCUUGUUACUUUUACGUGUUUCAGAUGUUCCUUCAGAAGUGAAGGUUAUUACAUCUUAGCCCAAAUCUCCCUCAGGAAUGUUUGGGAGUAGGGUUCUAAACUUGGGCUUAUUGAGAUGACAGAGUGCAUACCUCACUGCCAGUAUUUAACAUUUAAACAAAUGCAUGAACUUUUAGUUUUACAAAAAGUAUUGCCAAAAUUGUUAUUUUAAUUUAUACUGCUUAUUAGCAAUGUAAGAAUUAUAAUCAUCAUUAUCAUUUUUUUAUGAUGAAUUGUAGUUUAUUUAUCACAACCUAGAUUGCUAAACAACACAAGUCUCCUGUUUGAAAAGUUUGUCACCUCUGUACUCUUUAACUUUUGAUGGUAGUUAAACUUGGGACACAGAUGUUCUGAAUGAGAUUCUUAUUGCUGUUACUGAGUGUAGACUUACUUGAUAUUGUCUGCACCUCCUGUACAUAAGUAUCCCUUGGUUUGGUUCAUCUUCACACAAAGAAACAUUUUUAAAAACCAAUAACAAUCAUUUAUUUUUAAAAUUGAUUUUUUUUUAAUGUAUUCUGGACUAUUUUCCUUUGAAUCUUUCAUGAGUCUAAAGAUAUUUUUUUUAUUUGACCUGAGGACAUUGUUAGAUAGCCAUCACAAUUUGACAAUAGAACUAUUUGUUGCCACUAAGCAUUGUUGCUGACAUUUUUAAUUUGCUAGAGUAUUGUUUUUUAUGUCAAAGUUGAUCUUAGUGCUCUCCUUUAUUUUGUUCUGUAUCCUGUAACUUGUUAUCCGCAUUUUUAGUAUAUAUGCUGAAAACCAUAGACAUAUAUUUAUGCUGAAAACAAAAUAAUUUCUCUAUAUGGCCACAGAUUUUGUAUUUGGUUAUUGAAUGUCCUUUACAACAAAGUCAAAUAAACAAUUUGAAUUACAUCUCAAGGUAUCUAGAAACAAAAUUUUAGAAAUGAAGCACAAAUUAGAACUUCUGAUAUAUAUUUAUUAAUUAAAAUAUUAAUUUUUAAAUAUAUAUAUAGAUCUAUUACAUGUUGUUUGUAUUUAAUGGAAUUAUGAGCAGGAACAAAAUAAAGGGAUGAAGUUAUUGAUCUCUUUGUACAAAAGCACACACUAAAUAACAUAGAAACUAUGAAUAACACUGUCUAUCCUAUCUCAAAGAAAAUUGCAAUCUUGUGAUUUGCUUCAGUUGUUCUAGUGUGAAGUACUAGAAACUUGUUUUUAAUUUAUACUCAACUAGUGAUAGCCAUGUUUGUUACACUUAGUUUGACUUAGGCUUAGGCCAAAAUAUACAAGUGAAGUCAUUUGUUACAGUUAAAUGAAAUAUAAUUUUAAUUUAGAAUCUCUGGACUGCCUGGCCAGUAAUUUUGGCCCCUAAGUUAGCCAGUUAAGUCUGUGGCUUGAUAACCUGAUCGUUCUGGUAGGUGUACAAAUUUAUGAGCUCCAUAUUUAUCUUAUCUUAUAUAAUACAGACGUUACUUCAAAAAAGAAGAUGAUUACGUCCUACGCGUCAUGCAUUUAGUCAUGCAUAUUAACCAAUGACUUAAAUUCUGCCAAGUCACUGGUUUUCCUGGCUAGCUCAGGCAACCCAUUCCAUGCUCUAAUAGCACUAGGGAAGAAGGAGUAUUUGUUGAUGUAGAUUCGAUCUAGCUAAACCAGUAUGUUAAUUAUAAUAAUGUUAAUCAUAAUAUAUUCCAAACUCAUCUGGCUAUGAGUUGUAAGCUCUCUACGGAAAGUGUUUUGAUUAAUUUUAGGCUUUUAAAUCCGGUUGAGAAAAUGGGUUAUCUCCCUUUUUGAUAAUUUAUUUAUCUGAAUUUGUUUUUAGUUUAAAGUAUUUUUUUCUUUCUGAUCAUCUGAUUAGAAGAUUGUGUAGAACAUUGGAAUGAUAAUAAAUAAUUCACAAUUAUAA